CAAAGAGUGAGGUUCCCUGUCGAAUCCAUCAUCCUCCUGUGGCAGGGCGAUGCAGUGACUCGAGUCUCACAAACAAAAAUUUCUGAGUCUUCGAGCGUCUGACAUUCUUGCUUCUUCGAUUCAUCGAUGUUUGCCACGCAUCCAGUCGCCACCUCUUUGUAUCUUCGCAACAUAUCUGCUUCUCUUUUGUGUUGCCUUCACUUUACUCGCUUUGAUACAGAGUUUUACCGCUUCUCGUUCUUGAUUGCCCCUAAUUAAGCAGCGAUAAAGUGGUUCUGUUCUCGGGGGUCAUGAUGACGGCCUCGUGACACGCAGUAUUCAUCCUCAAAAAUUAUCUAAACUCGACCAUUUCACAGGAUUCACAAUGUCUAAUCCUAGUAUUGAUGGCAGCCAUGACCAAUCGAUGGGGGCUAAUCACAAUGGAAGCCCACCGGCUGCUGCUACACUCGAGGCCGAUCGAUUGAAGAAUCUAAACGCCCUUGUGCGCGAUCAAGAUGAUCUAGAACGCAACAUUGGCCUUGAGGCCGACAAGAUGCUCACGAAACAAGCAAAUCAGAGAGAUCAGCAACGAUUAGACAAAAGCAAGGCCCAGAAGCAGAAGCUCGAAAACCAGAUCCGUAAAACCCGCGAGACCAUUUCCCAACCUAUUGGUACUACCCAACGUGCCAAACUCCAUGUUGAAAUAAGUCGAAUGGAAUCCCAGAUCAACGAUCUCAACAAUGACAUCUCAGAGAUCGAAGAGAGAAUAGCCGCGCGCGAGGCAAACGCCUCCGCCGUCAAUGGCCCCGAGCAAACCUCUGGUCGACUCCCUAAUGAAUCGCAACGAGAUUUUCUUAUCAGGACCGGCAAAAUAACCCCUUUCAGCAAGUUCGGGUUAUCAUCGCAUGGAGAGUCUUCUGCGACCCUACAAGGUGCUUUGUUUGACGCCGAGGAUGAGACCGACCUCGUACAAGCAGAAGAAGCCGACUUAGCUUCCAAGAGCAUGUCUCAUCGACAUCUCCGACAGCCAGGGUUUGCUUCCUCUUUUGUCGAUCUUGACACUGACGAAAAUCUGGACUCUAAUCGACCGCUCAAGAAGCGUCGAGUUCAAUCAAGACAAGAUGCAGCUGUCAAAAAUGAAGAUUCUUCCUAUGACGAGGGCAGUCUCAGCAAUGAUUCCAGUUCUGGUGCAGGCGAAAGUGAAGACGAAGACCUUCCUACGACAAGCGGUAGACAGAAGAGAAAAGGUCGGUCAAGUCUCAGACACACAGACGACGAGAUAGAAGAUCUUCGCGGUCUCGAUGAUGGUACUGAAUCACUCUACCAGUCGCGCCUCCAGAGAUGGGCCAAAAGACGACACCGGGCUCGACUACAGGCAUCUAAAAAUGGAGAUGCGCUUGGAGGAGAAUCGGAAGAGGAAUCUGAAGACAUUUCUGCUCAAAUCGCAGAAGAACCGUACCUCCCGCACCCUGAAGUCGCAGACACUGUCUUUGCCGACGGCUACAAGAUCCCCGGCGAUAUCUACCCAAGUUUGUUCGAUUACCAAAAGACGGGUGUCCAGUGGCUUCACGAGCUGUAUACACAGCAAGUUGGCGGCAUAGUUGGCGAUGAGAUGGGUUUGGGUAAAACCAUCCAAAUCAUCUCAUUUCUAGCUGGCUUACACUACAGCAAGAAAUUGAACAAACCUCUCAUUGUUGUCUGUCCCGCGACAGUCAUGAAGCAAUGGGUCAACGAGUUUCACAAGUGGUGGCCUCCAUUUCGUGUCACAAUUCUGCAUUCUUCCGGAAGCGGUAUGCUCAAUUUACGCAGUGAAUCUACUCAAGAAGACAGGCUCAUGGACAUGAUGUGGGAUCCCAGUCGCCGCGACAAACCACUGACACCUGCCCAGAAGUCGGCUAGGAAGCUGCUACAGCCAGUUCUAGAAAGCGGAGGUGUUCUAGUGACCACAUAUACUGGUCUACAGACCUAUGCCCCGUUACUAAUCCCUGUCGACUGGCAGUAUGCCAUUCUCGAUGAGGGACACAAGAUCAGAAACCCCAACACUGCCAUCACCAUAUAUUGCAAGGAAUUACGUACACCAAACCGGAUCAUCCUGUCUGGGACGCCGAUGCAGAACAAUCUUAUCGAACUGUGGUCACUGUUCGACUUCGUCUUUCCGAUGCGACUUGGUACGCUGGUUAAUUUCCGCAAUCAAUUUGAGAUCCCCAUUCGUCAAGGGGGCUACGCCAACGCCUCGAACCUUCAGGUGCAGACCGCAUUUAAAUGCGCCGAAACCCUUAAGGAUGCCAUCAGUCCUUAUCUCCUUCAACGUUUCAAAAUCGACGUUGCUUCAGACUUGCCCAAAAAAAGCGAACAAGUGCUGUUCUGCAAACUAUCAAAGUUGCAGCGGGCCGAAUACAGUCGCUUCAUCAACUCUGCAGAUAUGGAUGCCAUCAUGAGAGGGAAAAGGCAGGUCUUGUAUGGAGUGGAUAUUCUUCGCAAGAUUUGCAAUCACCCGGACCUCACUGAUCACAAGCGCUUAUCCAUCAAACCAGGCUAUGAUUAUGGCAAACCUGAAAAGUCGGGCAAAAUGCAAGUCGUUGGGUCGCUCCUGGAGUUGUGGAAGGAGACUGGCCACAAGACACUCCUUUUCGCUCAGCAUAGAAUCAUGCUGGACAUUCUGGAGAAAUACGUACAAUCCCUUUCAGGCUUCAAGUACAGGAGGAUGGAUGGAAACACUCCAAUCCCACAGCGGCAAACUAUGGUGGAUGAAUUCAACACCGAUCCUCGUCUGCAUGUCUUCUUGCUCACCACCAAAGUCGGUGGUCUAGGCAUCAAUUUGACUGGCGCCGAUAGAGUGAUUAUAUACGAUCCUGACUGGAACCCUUCGACAGAUUUGCAAGCCCGUGAACGAGCAUGGCGUCUCGGUCAGAAGAGGGAAGUGACUAUUUAUCGUUUGAUGACGGCUGGCACGAUAGAAGAAAAGAUCUACCAUCGACAGAUCUUCAAGCAAUUCCUCACUAACAAAAUCCUUAAGGACCCGAAACAGCGGCAAACCUUCCAUCUUAACGAUUUACAUGAUUUGUUUGGUUUGGGUGACGAGGGCGACCCAACCGAGACGAGCGCUCUUUUCAGAGGCGCAGAGGUUCAGUACAAGUCAAACUCCAAACCUCAAACAUCAUCAACAAAAAAUGACGACCAAAAGAACUCGCCUUCUCUUCAGCAAGAUGGUAAUAUAGAAGCAUUGCCCGGAGUGUCUUCGAUUGAGCAAUUCGCCGGCGAAGCCGAAGAGGAGAAGAAUGCAAAUCAGGAGGGCGCAGCAAACUCAGAAGCCAGAAUGAUGGAAGGUAUAUUCGCCCGUUCAGGCAUUCACUCCGCUGUCGAGCACGACGCCAUCAUCGACGGUAAGACGCCCAAGAAGGUUGCCGCAGACCCUGUGCUCGUUGAGCAAGAGGCUCGUAAAGUAGCUGCGGAAGCAGCAAGGGAGCUCAGACGUGCGGGUGAAGUCGCUCGCACUGUGCCCAUUGGAACUCCAACCUGGACGGGCCAAUUUGGCGUAUCUGGCAGACCACAAGAAACCACUGCCCAGCGGGCAUUCAGCUCAAAUUCCAGGUCGCGAGGUGGCGGGUUUCAGUCAUCGAGUCUCUUGACGAAUCUGCAGCAGCGCCAGGCAAACGCGGCACAUGAUUUGACUCCUCGUACGUCGAGCCCCGCACGCUCUUCUGGCUCUGCAGCGACAGGGUCUAGGUCCAGCACCCCAGGUCAACCUCAGGGGAAAGAAUUUGGCCGUCUGAUUCGUGACUAUCUGACAGCCCAUGGCGGAGCUGUACACACGCAAAUGCUGAUUGACCAUUUCAAUCGGUUCUGUACAACUCCACAAGCCACUGCGGAAUUCAAAGAGACUUUGAAGCUGCUUGCAAAGCUGGAGAAGGGCAGCCGUGGUCGAGGGCGAUGGGUUCUGAAAGAAGAGUAUAAGCGCUCACUCCCCACAUAGAUAGAUCUUUGGUGCGGCAAGAAGAGUGUUGGCCACUUCUGCUCGCAGAUGGUUGGACCCAUCUCAAUAAGCUUCAUCAACCAGCCCUUGUGGUGACCAGUACUCUGGCUCACGACACUGGUAAUCGACCCAAACGAGAGAAUCUGCCAACAGGUCCUGUAGAACAGUCUCAGAGCGGGCUCUUUCCCAGUUCAGGUUGAGCUGAAGCAGCGAGACCGAAACGUUCCCAAGCAAUUGCAGAACUUCCAGGACCGUAGACUGAUCGGUGUUCAGCUCCUUUGGCACCGAACGUAUGAAUCUCUUGCUAGCAAUCGUCAGGAUCACAAAUCCAGAUCCAAGCGGUUCCAGUGAUUUGACUGCCUGCUCGAUGUCGUCCUCAGAGACCUGCAGGCCACCACCAAUGGCUUUGCCCUUGCUCACACUCUCACAGCAUUCCUGCAAUCCCAAAAGCCCACCAUUCUCAGCACGUGUUGACUGGCACAGCUCAACGACACGUACAGCAACCGAAAAGUAGAAGUCAUUGACAUCGUGCCCCAGUACCUUGGCCCAGAGAGAAUCGGUCUUUUUGCCUUUGAUAUUGCUGCCAGCAAGCGGGUCUACUCCGAUGGCAUUGCACAUGCGAGCAAACUCUGCGCGGAAUGUGGGAUUCGACUUGAUAGUCGCAGCAUGUUCUAGAGCAAAGUUGUGUAGAAGAGAUUGGAAGACCUCCAGCUGGG